AUGGCCAUCUCCAUCCGCCCCAUGGCCGCCGAGGACAAGAGCCAGUUCCUCGUCCUGUGGGAAAAGUACAACGUCUUCUACAAGCGCACCGUCGCCGCGGCCAUCACCGACAAGACCUGGGAGCGCAUGCUCGACCCCCAAACGCGGCUGUACGGCGCCGUCGCCGUUGACAGCGACCUGGCCCCGGGCGCCAACAUCGUCGGCUUUGUCACCUGGCUUCCGCACUUUUACACCGCCACCGUCGAGGACAUUGUCUACCUCCACGACCUGUACGUGAGCGAGGACGUGCGAAACGGCGGCGUGGGCCGGUCCCUCAUCAACCACGUCUACGACUGGUGUAAGCAGGAAGGAAUAACGAGCGUGUACUGGCACACGCAGCGCUUCAACCACCGCGCUCAGCUGCUUUAUACCAAAGUGGCCAACCUCACCGACUUUGUGCAGUACAAGCACGACGUGUAG